AUGGCUUCAGAAAUCACUUAUGCAGAAGUGAAGUUCAAGAAUGAAUCCAACUCCUCACACAACUACUCAGAAUCUCCUGCAGCUCCCAGAGAGAAACGUAUCCACCAUCUAAGUAAGCCUGGUUCCCCCUCGCUGCCUUUUACAUCCCUGCUGGUACUUUUCCUGCUGCUGUCAAUCACAUUCCUAGUUGCUUUUAUCAUUUAUUUUCAAAAGUACUCUCAACUUCUUGAAGAAAAAAAAGCUAUAAAAAGUAUAACUCACAAUGAAUUGAAUUGUACAAAAAUUUUUUCGCCCAUGGAAGCCCCUCCCUUUCAAAAAGGGGCUCUAACAUUAUUGAUAAUAGAGGUAGACAUGAAUUUCUUGGCACCUGAAGACAAAGUCUGGAGCUGUUGCCCAAAGGACUGGAAGGCAUUGGGUUCCCACUGCUACUUCAUGUCGACCAACAAGGCAUCUUGGAACAAGAGUAAGGAGAACUGCUCCCACAGGGGUGCUCAUCUGGUGGUGAUCCACAGCCAGGAACAGGAGGAUUUCAUCACCGGAAUCCUGAAACCACGUGAUGCUUAUUUUAUAGGACUUUCAGAUCCAGGUCAUCGACAAUGGCAAUGGGUUGAUCAGACGCCAUACAAUGAGAGUGCCACAUUCUGGCAUAGAGGUGAGCCCAGCAGUGACAACGAACAAUGUGUUAUAAUAAAUCAUCGUAUAGGUACUGGAUGGGGCUGGAAUGAUAUCCUUUGCAGUGUUGAACAACCAUCAGUUUGUCAGAUGAAGAAAAUAUACUUAUGA